UCUAUCAUCGAGCCCAACUCCGAAGAGCAACUACCUCGCCAGACAAGUGGGGCCGGAAAAUUACGCCGCAAUACGAGCAGCAGCGCCACAUGAUUUCGGCCUGGCCUAAUCGCACUCUAAUCUUGAGUCUCAUUUGGCUAACCUGAGCGGGGGCCUACUCCGCUUGCUCUACAGUGAUUCCAGCCCCUUUUCCCCGUGCUUCGGUUGUAAGUGGCCAGAAAAAAAGUCCAAUUGCUUGAGCUGCCAGUCUCAAUCGCGAAUUCGUGAUUCGAAAGCAAAUAUUCAAUAGUAAUCCGUUGGCAAGGCCAGCAAGAUGCCUACGGCCAAAGACACGAUUGCCACUUUGGGCACGGAGGUGGAGUUGCGGAGUGUGGCCUUGGCCUCGCCCUUAAACCGCACCAUGAUCCGCGAAGACAAUUCCAAGUACACGGAGGAGAUGGUGGAGACCACGCAAGGAGUGGGUGUGACGCGCAAGAUGCUGGUGGCCUGGGCCGGAGAUCGACGCAAACCCGCCAUUGUCACCUAUCACGAUUUGGGAUUGAAUUACAUCUCAAACUUCCAAGCCUUUUGCAAUUACCCCGAGAUGAGCGAGAUUCUCCAGCACUUUUGCAUUUUCCACCUCAACGCCCCUGGUCAAGAAGAAGGCGCGCCCGUCAUCCCGGAGAGUGAAACUUAUCCAUCCAUGGACGAGAUGGCCGAACAAGUCAAUGAUGUCAUCAACCACUUCGCCAUUGUCAAGUAUAUCGGCUGGGGCGUGGGCAUGGGCGCCAAUGUACUCAUUCGUCACGCCCUCAAAUAUCCGGAGCGGGUGGACAGUCUGGCCUUGGUCAACUCGCUCAUCACCGCCCCCGGCUGGAUCGAAUGGGGUUACCAAAAACGGAAUGUCAACCAUCUCAGACAACACGGAGUGACCCAAUCGGUAUUGGAUUACCUCUUGUGGCACCACUUCGGCUAUGCCCCCGACGAGCGGGCCCAUGACUUGGUCAACAUGUACAAGCACUACUUCAGUCAAGACCUCACCGCCGCCAAUUUGGCCAAAUUGUCUGAGCAAUACAUCUGGCGAACGGCCAUUGACAUUGACCGCGAACACAACAUGGACCAGAAAGGGGAUACCAAAACGCUCAAGAUCCCUGUUCUCAAUCUCGUGGGUGCGUAUUCUCCUUUCGUUGAGGAGACGGUUACUUUGAAUGGGAAACUGAACCCUGUCAACUGCACAUGGAUGAAAAUCCAGGACGCGGCCAUGGUUUUAGAGGAACAACCUGGGAAAGUGGCCGAGGCAUUUCUGCUGUUCAUGCAAGGUCAAGGCUAUUGUCUCAAUCUGAGGCGAAAGUCAGUGGCCUUUUGAAAGCCAAGCAGACCCAACCAUAUAUAGUUUAGUUAAGAGGUGCUGAAGUAGAAAGCCUAAGUUGCGUAUUUCCCUCCCCCCCUCCUCCCGAAUCUCACCCAAAAAUCUGCACAAUCCAAGGAAUUUUUCGUUGACCACGUAAUGAACAACGUCCGUACAUAAGAUUCUUAGCUUUUAUGUAGAAACCGAUCGUACAUCUCUACCAUUGUUAAUUUCGACCGCUUUGCCUGAAUAUAAAGCCUGCAUACUUAAAGAAAAAUAUAACGAUCGUCUUUAUUUUCA